GAAGUUGAAGUUCGCGAGCCAGAUCCGCAUUCCUUCGCUUUCUUCCCGCUCGCUACCCUCGCUCCAUACGCCUGGUCCCCCAGUCGUUUCCGUCCAGUCUUGAUUGCUGGCAUGACUUUCUUGGUCUCGUUCCAGGUGCGUACAUUUGGUGCCACUUGUUGAGAGGCCGGAAGCACACCAGCCUUAGAGAGCGGUCCCGAAAUGUUUAAGCAUUCGUCGAGGGCGGUGUUGAGGUUUGCGAGAGAAAAACGUGGACCAAUCUUCGGGCUUGAUCCCUCGACAGGCCGUGAAGGAGUAGAAGGGGAUGGUGGGAGGUUUUCGAGUGGGGAGGCUGUCGAAUCGAAGAGCGGCGCGUCCGCGCUAGGAAUACUAAAGAAAAUCUGGACGGCACACAUGUGCUUGCAAAAGCGUAUGCGGGGGAAUACAGGACAGCUACAAAGAUACAAAUCGAGGUCAAUUUCAUAGUUCUUAUCCGGAUUAGUGUGUGAUGGGGCAAUAAAAUGACUAUCGUCAAUUUUCUGACGUU